AUGAACGAUUUUGAUGAAGACAUUGAUCCAUAUGGUCCUCUUGCUGAUCUGAUGACCGAUCACAAUUUAUCCUCACCGAUAACAAAAAAAACUAUUAUCAAAGAACAACAACAACAAUUUGAUUUAACAAAAACAAAUCAUUCUCUUCUAAAUGAAGUGAAAAUAGUAUUAAGCAAGAAUUUCAACGUUUAUUUUAAUGUCCAUUUACUGUUCAAAUAUAUAUUCAGCUAUUUUUUAUCUAGUCAAUGGCAUCAUAUUCAUCGUAUCUUAGAGGUUAAUGAUAUUGAUGAACUCGCUGAUUAUGAAAACAAUAAGCAAAAACUAAGAAAACGAGCUAGUUCAUCUAUAAAAAAAUUAUUUAUCGUAUGCAUGUGGUCAUUGUAUUUAUCAAAUCUUAAAGUCUAUUUUCAAAUAAUUCAAUCGAAUCAAACAUGGAUGUCACAAAUAAGCGGUUUUCAAUUAAUACGUCCUACAACAUCAUCAUCAUUACUUGAUACCAAACUAUUUUCUCUACGUCAUGCAUUAUUUAGUCAACUUCGACAAUGUUUUCUACAUACAUAUCAAGCAUCUCGUAGCUUAACAGCCAUGAUCGAAUGGAUGAAGAGUGAUUAUGAUCAUUUAUCAUGUCAUAUUGAUUUAAAUGAAUUUGGGCCAAUAUUAUCAUCGUCAAACAAUGAUACUCUCAAUGAAUUAACAAAUAAAUAUGAUUUAUCAGCAAUAAAUUCAACGAAAAAGUUAUGCCUUACACAAAUACAUGAAUAUAUUCAACUGAUGCAAUUCUAUAUGUUGGAUAUUCUUCAAAUCAGAGCUGGCUCACAGACUGCAUCUCUGUUGAAAGUAAUAAAAGAUAUUAAAAAUUUAAAUGAUUUGUUGACAGUCUCAAUUGAAGAAAUCCAAAUUGUUCGACAAAAAUGUUCUUUAAUCGAUUACGUGGACAACUUGUCUCCCAAUUCUGUUAUCCAAGUGUCAUCUAAAUUUCGAUCAGCCAGUGUAUUAUUAAGAUUAUGCUGUGAACAAUUAUUCGAAAUUGAUCGACAAAAUAUGAUCUCUGUGGAUGAAAAUAUACUGACACGUAUUAUUUACGAUAUAAAAACAGCUUGUCAUUUCAUUGAAGAUAUUCGUGGUAAACAAGUUGUUACAUCUGAGAAUCCACAUCUAUUUUCUGCCCAACAUACCAAAGAAGAUGCUGAAAAUCAAGUCACAAGUUUUUAUCGUUAUGAUGAUAAACCAUUGGAAUAUGUUGAUGAAGUUUUAACAUGUGAUACGGGUACAGAACAGUCAGCUUUGGAAGAAAGAAAUACAACCGAAGUUGAUUAUGAUCAAAAGUUUCUUGCUGAACAAACAAAAUCGUUGAUGAAUGAAUUACGAAACGCUAUUGAAACAAAAAAACAAGAAUGGAACGAGAGAGAAGAGAAACUAUUGAAUAUAAAACCAACAAAUUCAUCAGAGAUAGUCGAGAAAGUGAUACAUCAUGAAACUGAACCAUUAGUUGAAAGCAUGCAGCCAUUUAUCACUCAACAUGAGAUAAAUAAAAAUUGUUCAAUGUUGGAUGAAUUAAAACAGACGUUUGUUAUAAAUAAAGAAAAAAUGAAUUUAAAUGAAGAUGUAUUCGGUGAAGAAGAAGAUGAGGAUGAGGAUCAGGAUGAUGAUGAUGAUGAUGAGAUUAGUACAACAUGUUUUGAUGAUGCGAGACAAGAUCAAAGUGGUCCAGCAUUAAUUCGAUAUUUGGCUGAUAAAUCAAAUGAAACAUUAGAUACUGAUUUAUUUGAUAUAUUAUGUUUUCGUACAACAACGUUAACUGGAUUCUUUUUAUAUUGGAUACCAAUCAUCUGUAUUCUAUCACCAUCUUAUCUUUGUCCAUUUGGCUUUGUUGAUGGUACACAAGAAUUUAAAGUUUAUCGUAUGCAACAAUUUGAUUUAUAUGGACAAACGUUUGGUAGUCGUCAAGCCUAUCUUUCAUCUGAAGUUCGAAUAUGGUCACAACCAAAUAUACAGCGUAAAACAGUAUUAAUACAUUUGAAUAAACUAACAAUUGAACGUUUUCGACAAUUAAUAUCAAAAGGAAUUAAUGGAUUAUUCAUAUUGAUACCAAAUAUGUCUAAUCGUUGGCUUGAUGAACAAAAACAACAAUUGUGUGAUGUAGAACAAAUAUUACUACAAGAAUCUGUUCAAAUACCCGUUUAUUUUCUACAAGAAACACAGCAAACAAUUGAUUUAUAUAAAGCAAUAGAAUCAAGACGUGAUUCACAAAAAGAUUCAGCAUUUUCUGUUCUCUAUGAUAAGGUAACAGCUGAUGGUUAUCAAUUUUCUAUAUCACAAGGACGUUAUCAACAACGGCAAGACAAUGUUAUGUAUAAUAUACAAGGAAAACUCAUUGGUCAUGGUAUUGAAGAACGUUUACCAAAAAUAUUAUUUGUAGCACAUUAUGAUACUUUGGGAAUAGCGACAGGUUUAUCAUACGGUGCAGAUUCAAAUGCAAGUGGUCUACUAGUAUUGUUGAAAUUAAUACGUCUAUUUUCAAAAUUAUAUGCUAAACAAACAACACGUGCAAAAUAUAAUUUAUUAUUUUUAUUUUCGGCCGGUGGUAAAUUAAAUUAUCAGGGAAGUAAACGAUGGAUCGAUGACUAUCAUGAUCAACAACAACAACAACAAUUACAAAACGAUAUUGAUGUUGUUAUUUGUUUAGAUGCGUUAGGGCAAUCAAAUCAAUUAUAUAUGCACGUUUCUAAACCACCUCGAGAUACACAAUCAGCUGGUAUAUUACGAGAUUUAUUAACAAGAUUAAGCGAAAAAUCCGUUUAUGGUCAAUUUGAUUUUGAUCAAAUACAUAAAAAAAUAUUAAAAACAAGUGAUUUUGUUGCAUGGGAACAUGAAAAAUAUUCUUGGUCAAAAUUGCCUGCCUUUACUUUUUCACAUUUAAAUACAUCAAAAACAUGUCAACAUUCAACGAUAAGUGAUCUUAAAGAAGAUGUUCAACUAUCAUCUCUUGAUAAAAAUUUUCAUUAUAUUAGUGAUGCACUAAUACGUUUAUUAUAUAAUACAACGGAUUUAAAUAUGUCUAUUAUUGAUCAUAAAUACAUUAUGUCACAACAACAAUCAAUUUAUGAUCAACAAUUUUUAAAAAUAUGGUUAAAUUUUUUAACAUCAUAUUCACGUUCACAAUCGUUAUUAACGAAACAACAUCCAGUUUUAAUUGCAUUAGAACAAUAUGCACAAAAUUAUUUACAACAUGUUCAAAAAAUACCAAUUAGACCACAUAGCAAAAAAGAUCCAGAAUUUAUAUUCUAUGAUGGUGAUGAGGAGGCACGAUUACUCUAUGUUUAUCGUGUUAAACCGGCUAUAUUUGAUUUAGUUUUAGCAUCAUUUAUUGCUAUUUAUUUGGGUAUUAUUUAUUUAUGUGCAAAUAAUUGGACACUUAUAUUGAACUAUAUCUUAUUGCAUUUACAUGAAACAUUGUUUCGUGUUAGCGAUGAUCUUCGACCCCAUUUGAUAUUGACAACUGGUGGUACAGGCAUUAGUCCAACGGAUGUUACGCCCGAAGCAACACGUGAAGUGAUAACAAAAGAGAUUCCUGGCAUGUCACUUGCUAUGGUAUCAAAAUCAUUGAAUAUAACACCAAUGGCCAUGUUAUCACGAUCCGUUUGUGGUGUUUAUCAACAAACAUUGAUUGUUAAUUUACCUGGUAGCCGUAAAGGAUGCUUAGAAUGUCUUGAAUUUGUUUAUCCAGUAUUGUAUCAUGCCAUUGAUUUAAUUCAAGAUAAGAAACUGGAUAUAAGUGUUACUCAUAAUAUACUAAAACAGGAUGGCGUUCAAUUAACAGAUACUACAACUAAAUCUGAUGAAGUUAUUGUUAAACAUACAUGUCAUCAUCAAAACGUGUUAACAACUAAUCAGCAAAAUAGUGGUGACCGCGUACGAGAAUCACCCUAUCCAACGAUACCCGUUGCGGAUGCAUCAGAAAUGAUUCUUAAUAAUGCAAAUGAAUUAAUUGUCACUGAAAAACCAUUAGCCGAUUGUUUGGGUUACGUAUGCGCGAAAGAUAUUCAUGCUACACAUCCAUUUCCACCAUUCCGAGCAUCAAUUAAAGAUGGUUAUGCUGUUCGGCUACAUACUGAUGAAACAAAACGUGUCUAUGAAAUUGUUGGACGAGCUGAUGCUGGUGAUAAUAUAAACGUACAACUUGAACAAGGACAGUGCGUUAUUAUCAAUACGGGUGCAAAAUUGCCUGAUUCAGCUGAUGCUGUAAUACAAAUUGAAGAUACAGAUAUCGAUGAAAAACAUCCAGAUUCAAAUCUAGAGAAAAGCAUUCGUAUUAAAACACAUUGUGUCAAAAAUCAAGAUAUAAGAAAAAUUGGUGAUGAUAUUAGUAUUGGUGAACUUGUUUUGAAGAAAAAUGUUCAACUUGGUCCAAGUGAACUUGGAUUACUAGUCACAAUCGGAUCAAAACAUGUUAAAGUCUAUGAAAAACCAACAGUAACUGUAAUAUCAACUGGAAAUGAGCUUGUUGCAAUUGAUGAUGAACCGAAAGAUGGUCAGAUACGUGAUAGUAAUAAAAUAAUGUUAUUAAGCGCGCUAAAAGAACUUGGUAUAAACGCCAUUGAUGGAGGAACUGCAACUGAUCAAGAAAAUUCUGUAGUUGAAAUUCUACAAUCAGCAUUUGAUAAGUCAGAUAUUGUUAUAACAACUGGAGGCGUUUCAAUGGGAGAUAAGGAUCUACUCAAAUCGAUUUUGACCACAAAGUUUGAUGGUACCAUUCAUUUUGGACGUUUAAAUAUGAAACCUGGUAAACCGACAACAUUUGCAACAUGUGAAAUAAAUAAUCGAAAAAAGAUGAUUUUCGCUUUGCCGGGAAAUCCAGUAUCAGCUUUGGUUACAUAUUGGUUAUUAGUUGUUCCUCUAUUAAAACAUUUAAUGGGCUAUGCAUCGCCCAAUUAUCCAAUUAUAUCAGUUAAGCUUGAGCAACCAAUUGAUCGUUUAGAUAUUCGUCCCGAAUAUCAGCGUGUUGUUAUUAAUUGGUCAUCAAAUGCAACAUUGCCUACUGUUCGUGUCAUUGGUAAUCAGUGUAGUUCAAGAUUAAUGAGUGUUUCACGUACCAAUGGUUUAAUACGACUGCCAGGACGUCAGGACAAUUUAGUAUCAUUAGAUCAAUAUUCAAUUGUUGAUUGUUUACUACUUGCAAUACAAUAA